GGGUCUUCUCCCCCAACCGGGUCAUCUUCUUCGGUCUUCUCCCCGUCCCAAUCUCUCUUUAAACGACAGAAUCGCCACCGCCGCCACCAAAAUCGACAACCUAGCCGCGAAGGUCGAUCUAGCGUAUCUGGUAGCUCCGCGCCACCACCAAACGCUCUUCCUCAGGUUAAGUCUCUCUCGUUUGUUGUGCAGAGAAAACCCAAAACAUCUCUCCACAAAGAGACCAGUCGCUUUUGCCUCUCCAUUUUCUCUCCUCAGUUAUUCUCUGCUUCUCUCUCUUCCAGAAUUGUUUCGUUUCAUUCUGCGAUUUUCAGCUCUCGUCCCUUUUCUAGGACUUCUGGUCAAUCUUAAAGCAAAAGAAAAGGAAUUCACACAGUAGGGGAUAAAAAGCUGUUGUUUAGGCGAGGGAUUGGACUGUGUUAUGUCAGGUGCUUCUUGGAGCUAAUCAUUGGAGUAUAAACUCAAAGGGUUGGGAGAUAAAGGUGGUGCUCUGUGGGUUCUUUUGGUCACUGAGAAGGUUUAACGAUAUGAAUUGGAUUCAACGCAAGAUCUACCUUUACAAUGUCACCUUUGGACUCUACAUGUUGGAUUGGUGGGAGCGUUACCUUUUCAAUAUUUUGGUACUUGUGUUGAUGUGGUUUAUUUUCUACAAUGGGUUCCAAUAUGCGACUGAGUUCUGCAAAAGGCAUCUAUGGUGAAGCUCAGGUGUAAAAUGAACUAGCAAAUAUCAAAAUGGGUGGUGGUAGUGCACAGUGUUGCCGAUUGUGCUGUGUUUUUAAAUUUAAAUGGGAAUUUCCCAACUUUACUGAACAUUUGAGCAUGCCAUGCAAGUAUAUUGUUACCCAGAUGUAAACGUAGUAUAAUGGCGGAAUUGUUUUCCUA